CCGGGAACUCUCACCGCCUCCAUAGCGGCCGUAACGCGACAUCCCGACGGCUCCGCCGCCCGCGCGCACGCGCCGCCUCACGCGCCUGCCCCCUGGCCUGCUCCCCCGCCUCCCCCGCGCCGCGCGGAGGCGCGCAUGCGCCAGGGGCGGGCUUCUGAAUGGGACUUGGGGCCUGAAAUAGGAAUUGAAGGAGUGAGUGGGAGCGCCUUUUCCUGAGAAAACGGAGUCCCUGUCCUGUUGCUGGUGCUGCAGGUGAUCAUCUGCCCGAUGGAAGUAAAGCCAGCGGGGCCUUUCUGUCCUGGCACCUCCUGAGUGGGAGCAAUCCUUGGACGCAUCCAGUAUUGGAGGUGAUAUCCCCAUCAGCUGGUCCUGGAUGUAGGAAAUAUGAAUGACUGGCAGAGAAAAAGCCCUCUAGACUGGGAAACGUAUGUGAACAAAUUGGUCAAAGUUGUUGCAGUUGAGAAACAUGAAUAUGAAGGAUGGGUUUUAACAGUUGACCCAGUUUCUGCCACCAUUGUCCUUGCAACAUUCCCAGAGAACGAGAAAGGAUCCAUCUCAUUCGUCAUGGGCCACGCUGUCCAAGAGGUGGAGGUCCUGCAGGAAGGGGACAGUGACAUGGAGCAGCGCCUUGCUCGCAUUGUCGCGCCCGAGGAAAGCCAAGCCUACAGCGCGGAGGAGCUGGAGAGGAGGAAGAAUGCCUUGAAGACGUGGCUGGAGACAAACCACAUCCCCGUGGGCGAGCAGGGGGAGCUGGGCAGGACGCUGAGCGUGGCGGGGGUGCUGAGCAUCGAGCCCCCGUACGGCCCCGAGCAGUGCAGCAGCACCAACGAGAUCAUCCUGGCCCGAGUGCAGGGCCUGCUGCAGGGCUUCCUGCAACAGCAGCACUGAGGGCUCCUGCUGUGAGGCCUGUGGACUCCAGGAGCUCUCCUGGUUUAGGAAUCAUCCUCUUUUAGGAGCUCUCCUGGGUGUCAAUAUUCACUAGUUGCAGAAAUGCUGCGUUUUGGGUACUUUCAUCUUGAUUUUUUUGUAUGUAAAGGAAGGAAUAAAAAAGAAUAAACUCAAAGCACAAGUAUUUUUUCAUGUGCUAUUUUUAUUAGAAGAAAACUGUUGGAUAAUGCUGAUAUAUGAAACUGAUUUGUCAGUUUGUCAUUUUAGAGUUUUUGUAACAAUAUUGUAAAAGAUGAUCUAUAAUACAUUUAAACUUUUCCCUUUAAAUGUAUUUAAAUUUUCAAUGUUAAAUGUCUUCCCUUUAAAACUA